UUGAGCAGUCACGCGGUACGCGGAUAGUGUAGCGUGGUGUGGUGCUGUGUCAACACGAAUGUUAGAGUCCACCACCUCUUCAGUCACUUAGGAGACGCCGCCGGUACCACUAGUAACAUUACAAUAGAUCAAAGUAUCGAGAUUUUGAUCUUUUCGUCUGUGUAGUAAAUAGUUAAUAGUUUUUAUAAUGACAAAAGUUUAGAUAAAGUUCUGUUUCUGUUUUGAAGUUAAGUGGAAAGUGCCGGUUCGGGAAAAUAUAAGUCUGCCAGAAGCUCUCGCCAGCAAGUCACCAUGCAGCGGGCAGGCAGCAGCGCGGAGCGGACGCCGCUCAUGCAGCCCACGUAUAUGUUUGAGUCCAGCGUCACGCGCAGCUACGAGCGGCGCCUGCGACACUUCCAAUGCGCCAUCUGCGUUGCCAUCAUAGCAACCCUCGGUAUCGCCCUACUGGUAACAGUCUCCUACAACCUGAGCGAGGACCAAGAAGAUGACGACAACAGCACCACCACAACAGUUCCAGAAACAGUGAUCCCCAUAGGCAAUCUUACGGCGAUGCCACCGUAUCUGGCGCCCUUGCUGCAAAUGAAAUGGCCCUUGGAAGGUCGUGAUCCCCCCGAAUGGGCAGGGGAUCCCCCGUCCGCUGACGACAUCAGCACAGCUGUCGAGCACGGGAACACGGCCCUCAGGGAAAGGAGGGCUUUGGAGAGCAACAGGAGGCCCUUAGACCAGGACACACCAGCGAAUAGAGCUCAGAGGGCAGCUGCCACUUCUGCGGCUGUGAAGCCUUUGGCUGAUGCAGCAUAUGCUGCAGAGCAAGCUACACGAGCGCUCCUCAAUGGAACCGACAGCUCCCGUCGCGCAGGCGGAGCAGGCUUGGGUCCUCCCACCAACGGUUCAUUCUCGGAGCCACGCUACUGCCUGCAGGACGCUGCCCCCUGCCCGCCUGACCGCUACCGCAGCCUCGAUGGCAGCUGCAAUAACCUGCAGCACCCUUACCGAUGGGGGGUGUCCAACACGCCUUUCAGGAGAGUGCUACCGGCGGAUUAUGGAGAUGGAAUCAGCUCUCCCCGCACUGGUACCGACGGCGCGAGCCUGCCCAGCGCGCGUGACGUCAGCGUGACUGUGCACCGGCCCAGCUACGCUCACGAUACCACCUUCACUGUGAUGCUGGCGGUAUGGGGUCAGUUCGUGGACCAUGACAUCACUGCCACUGCUCUGAGCAAAGGAGCAAACAGCAGCUCGCUGUCAUGCUGUGAUGAGAGCCAGGAGCCGCAUCCUGAAUGCUUCCCGGUGCAGCUGGGUGCCCAGGAUCCCUUCUACGAGGAGUACAACCUGACCUGCAUGGAGUUCGUGCGGUCCGCGCCUGCACCCACGUGCCACUUCGGGCCCCGUGAGCAGAUGAACCAAGCGACAGCCUUUAUUGACGGCUCCACUGUGUAUGGCUACGGGCCAUCCAGAGCCACACAGCUGCGGGCCCUGACGGCCGGACGACUGAGGAUGCUACGUGACGGAGACCGCGACCUGCUGCCGCAAGCCACCGACCCCAAGGAUCCCUGCAACACCCAGCAGAUGACUGCGAAGGGCAGAUACUGCUUUGAGACCGGUGACGACCGAGCCAACGAGAACCUCCACCUCACCACGAUGCACCUGAUCUGGGCGCGGCAGCACAACCGGCUGGCAGCCAUCUUGAAGAAGCUCAACCCGCACUGGGACGACGAGAGACUGUACCAGGAGGCACGGAGGGUAGUCGGCGCACAGAUGCAGCAUAUCACGUAUUCAGAGUUCUUGCCUUCCAUUUUAGGAAAAGACGUGAUGUGGGCAUUGAACCUGACUCUCUUGGAAGAGGGAUUCUCUGAAGCAUACGACCCUUCAGUGGAACCCACUGUCGCUAACCACUUCUCCGCAGCUGCCUUCAGAUUUGCACAUACCCUUCUACCUGGUCUGAUCCAUAACGUAGACGCGAGCACAGGCACGAUAAACUACGUGCAACUUCACGAGAUGCUGUUCAACCCUUACGCGCUGUACUCUCUACGGGGACCCAACAAGGCAGUCCGCUCGGCCCUCAACACGCCUGUGCAUACCGUCGACCCGCAUGUCACUGCCGAGCUUAGCAACCAUCUCUUUGAGCGUCCAACUACCCUCAACACAAACUCAUCCGUCCCUAAGAAGCCGGGACCUUGCGGUCUCGACCUGGUCUCCCUGAACAUCCAGAGGGGACGGGACCACGGACUGCCCGGGUACCCAGAGUGGAGGGAGCACUGUGGGCUGUCUAGACCGAAGAACUUUGAGGACUUGGGAAAAAUGUUCGAUGACCUCUCGCUGAGCAGGAUAUGUAAGAUUUAUAACAACGUGGACGACAUAGACCUGUACACAGGGGCUUUGGCCGAGGACCCACGCGGGCGACUACUGGGGCCCACGCUCAGCUGCUUGCUGGCCGACCAGUUCCUGCGGCUCAAGGUCGGCGACCGCUUCUGGUACGAGACCAGCGAUAGAGUCGUCGGGUUCACGAUUGAGCAACUGACAGAGAUCCGCAUGACGACCCUAGCAGGCGUGAUCUGCGCCAACGAGGAGUUACUUGAUCAAGCUCAACCACGGGUUAUGGAGGCCGUGAGUGCCACCAACCCACUAGUGGACUGCAGGGAACUACCGCAGCCUUCCUUCGCGCCGUGGAAGGAAGACGCGCCCUUGAAGAAGAAGACUUAAAGGAUAGAGAAGCUACUCGGAACAAACAUUGUGACUAACUGAAGAAAGUCCUAGGUUUUAAUCGAUUAUGAGCAAUCACUAGGAGCACUGGUCCGCGUAUGCUCUUAUCGACAAACAUUGAAUUUGUCUAUAUUAUCUGAUAAAACAAGCCAUAUUCAGAAGUAGGUAACCGAUCCUGCUUUGACGCCAUUUUUGUAUUCUGAACAGACACAGCUUGUCUAGUAAGAUAGUUUAUUACAUAUAAGUCUUUGGUAUCAAUGAGGAAUACCUAACUUGUCAAGAUUUAAGCUGAAAAUCCACUUUUAUCGCUGUUGAAAAGAUGGGCUCUACCUGCAGUUUGUCACUGCUAUUACAUGGAUAGGUACCUCUAUCAGAUACCGAGCGAUGUCGAAAUGUGAGACAAUACAAAGUUACCUGAUCACUUACCCUUUCCCUAACCCUUCUGCCAACAAGUUCCUUCAUAGUAAGUAAAAUGGACAAUGUCCAGCAUGUCAUGCUGCUGAAUUUUACUGUAAAUAAAAACAAUCCAAUGAUAGUAUGAAUGACGACAAAUUAAUUAUAAUGCGUGUCUGUUUUAUGUUAUUAAUUUAUUGCAUUUAAAUAUCUAAACUUCUAUAAUAAGUACCAUAAUCUACCCUUCUAUUCUCUAUUAUCAAAUGUAGGUACCUAACUAUUUCUUUAAUUAAGUUUAAUUUAAGAGACAUUAUAAUAUGGAAAUCUAAACGUAGCUAUCCUGCCUACAUCCUCAUAAGUAGCCAUAAUUAGAAUAAUUUAUCACUUUGUAAAAUAGGUAGCAUUAAUUUUAUACAGACAGGACAAUAAUGAUCAUUACCUAUAAUAGGUAGUAAGUAUCUACCUACUUACCUGAUGGUAGUCGUUUCGUUUCUAUAAAGUAUUGUGUA